GGAGAGAAUCGCGCUGCAAGGGCAGAGGAUGGCCUCAGCCCUCCCGCUGCUGCUGCUCUGGGCGUUUGCCCCCACGGUGGUCCCGGAGGUGUUUGCCCCCGCAGAUGGCACAGAGGACCUCAAGGCUCUGCAGGUCUCCAUCCCACGGCAGCCAGCCCUCGACCCCGUGCUGGCAGGAGACAUCACCAUCCCCUGCCUCAUCACCUACCUCGGCCCCCAGCCCACACCCGGGACCCCCGGCCGCCGGGCGGUCUUGGGAACCCCCCGGGUCAAGUGGACCUUCAUCUCUGAGGGCAAGGAGGUGGAGAUCUUGGUAGCCCGGGGGGACAGGGUGAAGGUGAGCGAGGGCUACCGCCUGCGCGCCUCCCUGCCCAUCUUCCACCAGCGCUACACCAACGCCUCCCUGCUGCUCACCGAGCUGCGCCCCAACGACUCGGGCAUCUACCGCUGCGACGUGCAGCACGGCAUCGAGGACGGGCACGACAUCCUCCACCUCAGAGUCAAAGGGGUGGUGUUUCACUACCGGGAGGGCUCCAUGCGUUACGCCUACACCUUCGCCGAGGCGCAGGAGGCUUGUGCCCGCAUCGGCGCCCGCAUCGCCACCCCCGAGCAGCUCUACGCCGCCUACAUGGGGGGCUACGAGCAGUGCGACGCCGGGUGGAUCGCCGACCAGACCGUCAGGUACCCCAUCCACACCCCCCGCGAGGCCUGUUACGGAGACAUGAACGGCUUCCCCGGGGUGAGGAACUACGGCGUGGUGGACCCGGAGGACAUGUAUGAUGUCUACUGCUACGCCGAGGACCUCCCAGGGGAGAUCUUUUUGGAGACGUCCCCAGAGAGAUUCACGCUGGAGGAGGCGGCGAUGCACUGCCGGGGGCUGGGGGCCCAGCUGGCCAGCCCGGGGCAGCUCUACGCGGCGUGGAGCGGGGGGCUGGACGCCUGCAGCCCCGGCUGGUUGGCCGACGGCAGCGUCCGCUACCCCAUCGUCACCCCCCGGGAGCGCUGCGGGGGGGCCCUGCCCGGCGUCAAAACCAUCUUCCUCUUCCGCAACCAGACGGGAUUCCCCGAUGCCCAGAGCAGAUAUGAUGCCUAUUGCUUUCGAGAAGGGACAAACUCUUUCCCUGAGGCUGCAGGAAAAUACCGAGCCAGAGAGCCCGAGGGCCUCCAGGAGAUUGUUACAGUGGCAGAAAAGCUGGAGGAGCUGCAGCUGCCCAAAGCGCAAGUGGAGAUUGAGUCGCGAGGGGCUAUUUACGCCGUCCCUUUCUUUAAGGACGCUGAGCUGGAAAAGCCGAGCCCGUCCCCCGAAGACGCCCCGGGGCCAGUGACCCGGCACCCCCCGCUAGAUACCUCCGUGUCCUCAGAGGAGGAGGAGGAGGAGGAGGAGGAGGGAGCAGCGCCGGGCAGGGACAAGGCCAGCACCUUGGCGGAGAGCGGAGGGCGAGACCCCAACCAGCCCACGGAGCCGAACGGAGCCGCCAGUGCCCAGACGCUCUCCGUGGCCCCACGGGCGGGUGCAGAGGGACCCACCGGUGCCCCGUCCCCGGCGGGGGCCGCAGCAGAUGGCCACAAGUCCCGGGGGGCGAGCACCUCCGUCCCCGCCGCCGAAGACGCCGAGCUGUCGGGAGACGUGGCCGAAAGCCCCGGGGUGUCCCCGCUGCCCCCCGCGCCCCCGCAGACGCAGGAGGAGGGAGAGGAGGAGUCGGGGGCCCCGUGGGUCCCCUCGCCCGCUGUCCCUGGGGACGGGAGCACCGUCCCCGCGGCAGAGGUGACGGCGGUGACACCGUGGCACGUGGAGGUGCCUGGCAGCAGCAGCGUGCUGAGACCCCCCGGGAGUGAUUCAGAAGAGGAGGAUGAGGAGGAGGAGGAGGAGGAGGAAGAGCACCCCGCUCCCUCCGUUGCAACCGUGGAGGGUUUCCUUGCAGCCAUCCCCGGAGAACCAGGUGGCUGCGUCCCCAACCCCUGCCUGAACGGAGGGACCUGCACGGAGGAUGGUGCCCACCUCGCCUGCCUCUGCCUGCCCGGCUACGGAGGCAGCACCUGCGAAAGACCGCUGGAGAAGUGCAGCCCCGGCUGGGACAGCUUCCACGGAGCCUGCUACAAGCAUUUCUCCACCCGGAGGAGCUGGGAGGACGCCGAGAGCCAGUGCAGGCAUUACGGGGGGCACCUGGCCACCAUCCUCACCCCCGAAGAGCAGGACUUCAUCAACGUGUGCUGGGGUGCCCCAUGCACCCCGUCCCGCCUGUCCCCCCCCCAGCUCUACGAGAACUGGCACCCCGGGCAGCCCGACAGCUAUUUCCUCUCCGGGGAGAACUGCGUGGUCAUCGUGUGGCACGACGGGGGCCAGUGGAGCGACGUCCCCUGCAACUACCACCUCUCCUACACCUGCAAAAUGGGGCUGGUGUGCUGGGGUGCCCCAUGCACCCCGUCCCGCCUGUCCCCCCCCCAGCUCUACGAGAACUGGCACCCCGGGCAGCCCGACAGCUAUUUCCUCUCCGGGGAGAACUGCGUGGUCAUCGUGUGGCACGACGGGGGCCAGUGGAGCGACGUCCCCUGCAACUACCACCUCUCCUACACCUGCAAAAUGGGGCUGGUGCAGUGCGGGCCCCCCCCCGCCGUCACCAACGCCCGCGCCUUCGGCAAACCAAAGCAGCGCUACGAGAUCGGCUCCAUCACCCGGUACCAGUGUCACCGCGGCUUCGCCCAGCGCCGCUCGCCCGUCAUCCGGUGCCGGGAGGACGGGACGUGGGAGCCCCCCCAGCUGGCCUGCCGACCCCGCCUGGCUCAGCCCCCCGACGACUGAGGGGGUCCCCAGGGCAGAAGCCACCACCCCCCCGGGUCCCGGAGGCGGCGCAGAUGGGGACGGCAGUGGGGACACCAACGUGGACCCCGGGGUGGCACAAAACCUCACCGUUGGGCACCUGCCUCCUCCUUCGUUUUAUAUCUGUACAAAGAAAUCCUCGUAACUAAAGAUCCCUUCAAAAGGAGCCGACGAUGACCCGAAAUGUA